AUGCCGCUCAUCAUCGUGUCCGGGCUGCCUACCUCUGGCAAGUCAACACGCGCCGAGCAACUCCACGAGUACCUCUCUAAGCGCAUCGUCGACUCCAAGUACCGCUUGCACCUAAUCUCGGACGACUCUCUCUCCAUCUCCCGCACCGUCUACGAUCUCUCUCCCGACAAAGUCCCUGCCCACACCCGCUCGGCCAACGCCUCCGAGAAGGAUGCUCGUGCCGCCAUCUACGGCGCCGUGAAGCGCGUGCUUUCAGACAAGGACAUUGUUAUACUUGACGGGCUCAAUUACAUCAAAGGCUGGCGCUAUCAGCUACACUGCGAGGCCAAGGCUGUCCGAACGCCCAGCUGCAUCCUGCAGAUUGGUUGCGCGGUGGAUAGGGCGAAGCAGGUCAACGAGGAGAGGCUUCAGCGGAGAGAUGCUGGAGCGCAAGACUCUGCACAAGGCUCCACUCAUGAUGGGAAGGAUAACGAAACCCAGGCCAGCGAGCAACAAACCAGUGGGGGCCAGGUCAGCCAGAGACAGGGCACUACGGAGCCAUACGAGCAGGGCAACUGGGACAACCUCAUAUUCCGGUAUGAGGAACCUAACCCGAUGACUCGGUGGGACAGCCCCCUCUUCACCCUGAUAUGGGAAGACGAUGAGCAGCAGGCUACCAAGGUCUUCUCCGAUCUCUGGGAUACCAUUGCAGGCGAAGGCCGCAAGGUCGUCCGUCCCAACCAGGCCACUAUCCAACGCGGACGAGACGCAGGCGGCGACUACCUCUACAACCUUGAUCGCGAGACGUCCGACAUUGUCAAGCGUAUCAUGGAGGCGCAGCGCGACGACGAUGGCGUCGACGAGGUCCGAAUCCCGCGCAGCUCAGGCGGCCCCCAAGGAGAUGACGGCCUAAUGGUGGAGUUGCCAACGGGCAAGAAAGUCGGUUUGCCCCAGCUGCAGCGGCUGCGACGAGCUUACAUGGGUAUGAACCGCGGAGGAAUCGGGCUGGAGACGGUGGGUAACAUGUCGGCGGAGAGGAUACGGGAGACGUUUGUGCGGUACCUGAAUGACGCAUUUGAGAAGGACGAGCCGGCUGGAUUGCGCCCGCUGCUCUCAAAAGAAUCUCGAAGCAGCCGAUUUGAGAGUCCGUACGGCUGUACGACGACAGUUUCUACAGCCAAGGGCCACCCUAAACCCAUUCUAUUCUCAUUCUGGUCUUCUGGGGGCCAAGGCUGGUUCUUGGGCUUCCCGGCGACACCGGCGAUAAGCUCCCACGGCCAAAAUCUACCUUGGCUACGGGUCCAACACCCCUGUCACUCGCGCAUACCAGUGGUUUGGCCCCCAAGUCAACCACUAUUGGGGGCCCGGGGCAAGCCCAAGUUCCAGCCCUCCGCCAAAAGGGGACCAAGUCGAUGUAGCUCGCGUUCUCUCAUUCGACGAGAUGGACGAAGCUAUGCCUUGUGCGAACGGAUGGGGGCCGCGGGUGAUGCAGACAAGGUAACUGGAGGCCCAGCACCGGCGGAUACAAGCAGUUGUGUGUGUGCCUUGCUCCCCUCUGGGAUGGUUCCACCGUUCAUCUCAGACAGUAUCCUGGUUGUGAUGCUUGAAGAGAAAAGUAACCAGAGGGAGGGAGCCGGUUUCGUGGAGGGGAGCAGAAUAAUGGUAAAAUUGUCAACGUCUUUGGAUGCCUCUCGACUCCCGUACUCCUGCGGAACCGUUCACUGUCCGGUUAAGCAUCCCGCCUUCAUGAUGAACGGCGUCAAGCGUGUCUGUACGCCCAGCUUCAGGCAAACAACUGAGCCGAGCGCGUCGAACACAACGCCUACCGACAGAUCCUUUGCCUGCUCCUCCUCUACAUUCUCUCCUACAAGCCAGGGUACCUCCACCACCAAUGGCAGACGUGGCACCUGGCCCAUGCUCAAUUACACACCGGAGCUCGAUACUGCAAGGCCGUCGCCGUCGCCGCUCGAUGCCUGGCUCGCCACGGCGGACCGGCUGGAGCGGAUCCGGACGGGCGGGUCCCCGGUCGACACCCGCGUGCUCGGCCUCGGGACUCUAGAUGGCCUGAUUGAACGGCUCCCGGGCGUGCGCAGGGAUGGGGCGGCGGCGCAGGUUGCACUGGUGUUUGACGAUGCGACGGGGACGUUUAUCGGCUGGCGACCCAAGGUGGCAACGUGGUGCUGCACGGGCGAGAACAGGCCGGCUUGGGAGAAGGCGUGGAGUGCGCUCUGA